AAAUUACCCAUAAAUAUGGAUAAUAACGAAGAGAAGACUAAAGUGACCAAAAUAAGGAAUCCUUUUGAGGCUUUGUUGAAAAUGCGACGCGAAGCUCCGGGGUUCAAAAGAUGCUGCUUUUGUAUACCUUUGAGGAGAGGCCUUAUCACUUGGGGAUAUUUAAAACUGAUUAUAACAGCGGCGUAUAUAUUGAUAAUCGCCCACGAAGCCGGCACACAGUUCAGUGCGAAAGGACUCGCCAUAGUACUCGCCCUGCUAAGCUUCCUUGUGACCAACAUGGUGUUUACUAUCACAUUCGUCAUUGGAGCGCAUAAAAAAAACUACAAGUUGCUGCGGCUGUACUACUCCUUCAGCAUAUUCGCUCUGGUCGUCGUGAUGAUGGGCUACUUUAUAUUCAUAACUCUGGACGUGGCACUGACCCUGCAGGACGAAGAAAAAUACAUCCUCGGCUUCCCCUUGAUAGCUGUCAAUAUAUCUACAGUCACCAGUAUAUUUCUCGACCUGUACUUCCUCAUACUCAUCAAAAUUGAGAUUUUAAAGCAACGAAACCAGACAGCCUAUUACGUAAACGGGGCACGUAGAGAAACUAGCUUUGUCCUUGACGUUUCUAUGGCGAAAGAACAGGACAUCAGAAGAUGUACCACAACUUACUCCGACUCGGAUUCUGAAGAAGAUGUGGUUCAGAAGAAACGGAUGUUUCCCGUCCAUGAAUUGGAAAUAUUGAAGAAGGAUUUAGAAAAUAAAAGAAUAUAA